AAUCCAAGUCGAAUCAUCUAUUUGAAGUCUGAUUCCUCUUUUGUUCUGAGAUUUUCAAGAGUCAAUACGAACAUUUUGAGAAGUAUUAAUUCUCUCUUUCAUCUCUCUUGAAGAACAACAACAUUGAAUUAUUACAACAACUCGAGAGAAACUUACCGAAACGAAUUAUAACAACCAGCCGAGCUGAGAGAAACUCUAUCUGCUUUGAUACGUAACAAGCAAGAACGAGGAGUGAUCUUGAAACUCUCAUAUCACCUAGACGAAACAAUUCAACAACAAUUGGUUGACACUGCACGAUUUUAAAAACCACAACAACAUCAAUGCUGAUUUCCUUCUCAUCACCUCUUUAAUAUUUACCUGAAUCCAAAUAUUAAUCAUCAUCACUUUUAUUAUUAUAUUUCAAAUAAUAAUAAUUAAUAAUUAAUCAAAUUGUACAACAAUAAUCAUUUAAUAUAACACAAUCAUUCAGACCAAAAUUUACACAAUGAAAGCCCUAUUGAGAAAUCUCCUUCCAGGCAGUGCUCACAAUAGAGCUGUCGAUGAUAUGAUUGAUGCAAACUCAAACAACAACAACAACAAUAAUAAGGAUGAUGAUUCAAAGAAGAAGAAGAAAUCAUCACAUAGAACCAAAUCCCUCUUCUCAUCUUCAUCCUCGCAGUUGCCAUCCUCUUCGGCUACCACUAAUUAUCAUCAAAGAGUUGCCUCCCAACAACAACAUCACUCCAACACAACAGGUUGUCUCGCUAGGCCUGAUGACAGUGGUUUGGAGGAUGAUUCAGAUGGUGGAGAAGAAUUUGAUCAUCAUCAUGAUGCUGAGGCAAAUUAUCUAUCAGGUGCCUCUGCUUCCAAUGUACAAUAUCCACAGAGUUUGAAUGCCCUCUCGAGUAGCUACGGCCAUACCAAUGGUGGUCAUCAAUACUUUAAUACGAACCUUUCGAAACAGUCGAGUAAUUCGAGUGUGUUGUCCUCCUCUUCGAAUGGUGGCACUGAUUCGUCAUUGGUUGUACAGACAAGGAGUAGUCCCAAUGUGAUGCAACACUCUCCACGUGGUAAUACUUCCUCAUCGUCUUCUGAUGUUAGUAAUCAUCAUCAUUAUAUGAACAAUAAUGGUCAAUCAUCACCAUCUCCUUCUUCCUCAACACCAGGAGGUACUACGGCUGGUAAUAUAACACCAAAGAGACGUUCUUCCUUAUCGAAUGCCCUACGAAGGCUCUCACUGAAGAAGAGUUCAUCAGCCAAUAAUGCUACUACUUACCAACAACAACAUUCAGACACAAUGUCUGCCGGUGUAAUUGGCUUACCAAUUAAUUUUGCUGAUUUAAUGAUGAGUCAAUCUUCAUCCACCUCUUCCAUUCCAAUCCAUAAUCAUAAUAAUAACAAUAAUUAUGGAGGUUCCUUCUCCUCGAGUAAUAGCAUUCUCUCCUCCACAGCAAGUACCACCACACAAAACAAUAAUAAUUCCAAUUAUCUGGGCUAUAAUAACAAUCAAAAUCCAGACCAACUCUUGUACACUCCAAACUCUCCUCCAACCAGUCCAAUGAGCCCUCUCUCCUUCGCCUCUGCUCAACCUCAUCAUCAUCAUGCCCAACAUCAAUCCUUACAACCCCACUUACUUUCCUCCUUUACAGCAACUCCCAUUUUGGCGGGAACAGAACAAGUCUCAUCAUCUUCUUCAUCCACUACUAGCAAUAACAACAACAACAAUAACAGUAAAAGAAAAAGUCUAAAUGUUAUUACAGUGGGACUCUCUAAUAGCCACACUCAAUCCUCAGCAACAACACCAUCUGCGAGUCAACAACAGCAACAUUAUUCCAGCAAUUAUUCUUCAACAACAACAUAUUCAGCAACAACAACAACAAAUAAUUCAUAUAUUGGUACAGGUAGUAGUGGAAGCAAUCAUUGCUCCCCAAGUUUCUUUGAGCCUCACUCACCCUCCAUGAUGCUUAUGAUGGCCUCACAAAGUCCAUUAUUGAAUAAUUCAACAUCGUCGUCAUCAUCAUUGGGUAAUCAUAAUCAGCAACAAUACUAUUCUGUAGGGUCUAAUAUUAAUUCUCAACAGUCGUCAUCAUCAAUAAUGGGUCAAAGUGGCACACAAAGAGCAACAGGAACACAACAAUUAUUGGAUGUUUUUGUCAAUAGAAGAAAGUGGAAGGAAAUAUUAUGUGUUAAUACCACAACUGCUAUUACCAGUUCAACACUUGCAAAUAAUAGUAAUAAUAUUAAUACCAGUAGUUCUAAUAAUUCACAAAGUAGUAAUACGAAUGAAAACAAAUUACUAUCAACACCAACUUCAUCAAUGAAAGGUGCGGAUAGUGCAAGAGCUGCAUCUCCUCUCUCUCCUGAAUCGAUGAGUAUCAUUUCUACAUCAACCAGUACAGAAGAGGAAGAAACUGAACAAUCCUAUUCAACUGUAUCUAAUUAUUCACCACAAUUCCAACCACAAGCAUCAUUACAACAACAAUUACCACAACAUGUUGGCAUUGAAUAUGGAGAUGAAUUCAAGCUUCCAAACUCACCCAAUGAAAAUAUCUUUAGGACCGUUGUUUUAGGAGGUUUCCUCUCGUAUAAGGACGUUUUGAGAUGUGACCUUGUAUGUAGGGCAUGGCAUUUGAGAAUUUCACACUCUAAAGAGAAUUUCAUCUACUUCCUUCCUCAACUCUUAUCUUCCAUCUCGGUGUGGGAAGAAAAGGAUGAGUUGCAAAUUAUGCUUGCCACCCAAAUUGCCAGAAAUUUAUCACAUUUGGAAAUGUCCAAACGAAUGCUGAUGGUUCUAUUCGGCCUCUACAGAAGAUCCUUACAUAAGGAAAAGAUUUUCAAUCGUGCAGUUUUUAAGGAGGUUCUUCGAUCAGAGGUUCCUGACUUGUUGGGACUCACGGAUAAGGCAAACAUGUUCUACAAGCUCACCUCUCCAACUUGGUUCUCUCCCUAUGAACACUUCCAGUGCCCUAUCUAUUUGUAUCUUGCCAAGAGAAGCUUGAGAUUUGUGGAAAAGGUUGAUGGUGAAUUCCAACAACGUGUUCAAGUCUUGCUGAAAAUCAAAUAUAAUCACGAGGAAACUAUUUCACCUUCACAAGCCUUUUUAUCUUUAAGUGGACCACCAGGUAGUGGUGUGAAUAGUGCAUGUGCCUCUCCAACCCUCUCUCCAAAUGUUAAUCCAACUAGAAAACUCUCCCUCGUGGCAAAUAGCCCACUUCUUCGAUCUGUAGAUACUCGUACAUUGAAUGAUUAUUCUCCCGAUAGGACUGAAUCUUCAACAACACAAUCGAGCACUCUCAAUCCUCCAAACUCUCCACUUUUGAAUUUCAGCACCACAUCCACCUCUCCCUCCACCAAACAGUUGGCACAACAUCAAAGUACUCUUGUUGAUAUGAUUAAUGAAAUCAAGACAUGUUGGUUCUUUGCUUAUGGAACCAUCGAUAAGGAUCAAUCAGAUAUGCAAGACAGAGCCUAUCCAACACCAUCACCCAACUCUCAACAUAACCAUCAUCAAACUAUUGUCACAACAGGUCAUCACCAUCAUCAUGAAAAACCAAUAUUGGUUCACGAAAAGAUUGUCAAAUACUUUUCUCAAUUCAGUUUGGCCCGAAUGAAGAAUGAGGUAGUUUUUCCAGAAGAUGAGGAUUGUCCUUCUCCUAUACCUUUUUCUGCUAGUAAGGCUACCGAUAAAACGAAUAGAAUUACCUCCAAUAUUGAGCACUGCUACCAUGAAAUGACCCAAUUCCGAAAUGAUCCACACGGUGAAUAUCCUAGUAUCAAAUUGGCUGAUCCUGAACUUUGUGAACAAUUUAAUGGUACAAUCUCUAAAUGGAUUUGUGAGUUGCAAAAAUUGGGACUCUAUCAAAUUGAGUUUGUCUUGCAGUAUGUGCUAAAGCUGCUCUUUUUUAUUUGUACAGGCCCAAUGUAUGAUCGUUCAGAGUUGUACUUUGGGGUUACUUCUCUUCAUGAAAUGAUGGAAAAUGAUCAAUUGGAUACCAUAUGCACAGAUCCAGAAGCAUCAAGAGAAAGGCUUCAACAAUGGAUCUUGGAUUAUAGAAGCAAACAUGUUGACAGUCACAUUUAUCACUACUACCUAAAAAUCAAAUAUGAAUGUAGUGGAUUUACUGGUGGGUGUGAUGAAGAAAGUUAUUUAUUGACCCUUAGAGUUUCACCUGAUUUUUCCAAUUUUGAAUUUGUUUCCUACUUGUUUGAGAGUAGAUAUUGUAAAGGAAUGGCUAUCAGUAGCCUGCCACUUUUUAUUAAGAAGAUGUAA